CCGAGGCUUGGUUUGUUUACCACAGUAAUUCAACUUCAAAUAAAAUGGUGAAUCAUGAAAAUUCUACACACAUGAUAAAAGAAAUCAUUAUUCGACCAAAUGUAGAAGAAUUAGAAAAUGAAAAGGCUAGAUACGAUUGCCCUCUGCCGUCUUGUACAGCCACAUUGAGAGGAAUCGGUUUUGUUCCAUCACAUUUGAGAAACGUGCACAAUGUGGUGCUUAACAACAAGGUCACAAAUUCUAAUUCAGACCAUGGAACCUGCACUUCUCUGCAAUGUUUUUGUCCAGUAUUAUCAUGUAAAUACAGUGGCCAAGGAACAGCAGACAGACAUUUCACCAGUCUGAAGCUUCUACGACAACACUUCAUGAAAGUUCAUGCCGAGAAGAAAUACAGGUGUGAGAAGUGUCGCCUGAGCUUUGGUCUGGACCGUGAUAGGCGACUUCAUCAGGGACGGUGUGGACAGAUCUACAAAUGUACAGACUGUGAGGCGGAAUACUCCACCAUAGAGGCUCUCCAGACUCACUGCCUAAGGAAAGGGCACAGGUGUUCCCCUAAACCUCCCAAGAUAACUGAGGAAAAAGUGGACGGACAGAAGGAUGAAAAGUCUCCUGCCAAUCAGGGUACCUCAAUUUCCACACAGACGUCAGGUGUAGGCAUGAUGACCCCCUUAUCAUCUAUACCAGUGAUUCUGGUAGAAGUUACCCCCGAAACACCAGUGGAUAGAGAAAUUCUCACCAAAUCUUUGUCCAUGAAGCCAAUUUUACCCAAACCAUCUGUGAAAUUAAAAGUUCAACAGCAAACCCCUCCUGUUUCAAAGGUCACCACAUCUGGAAAGACUGGCACAGAGGAUGCAAACUCAGAGCAACUUGGGGAUUUUUCAUCCCAGACUACAGAGAAAAGUGAGAAUUUUAAUGAAUCAGUGUCUGAAGGAAUACAGGCUUCUAUAGGAGACAAGAAUUUAGAAUCAGGGGAAGAUGUUCCAUCAUUAUUGGAAAAAUCAUGGUCAUCUACUGGAAUUCAGACAGCAAUAACUUUUAAACCUCAAAGAAAGAAGCAGUUGGGCACUGUCGCUCAGACCCAAACUUCCGGAGACAUAAUCCUGAAAAAAGCCAUGGAAUCAGCCGACAUUCCAAUACAGAUGGAGUCAGUGGGGACCCAGAUGAUGCCACAACUAAAGGGACAAAGCUUCAAGGGAAGAACAUGUACUAUAGAGACUCAGACACAAAACGAAGGUCCAUCCAAAACAAAGAAAAGGAGAAAAUCUCUGUUAAAUGUAUUUAUGACCGACUCCAUUGCUCAGACAUCAGUGGAAAGUAAUGCUGUCAAAAUGGAUUCCAUGUGUCAAGUGGAUAAUUUCAAACAUUUUACACUGGUUGACAUCAGCAAGAGCUCAACAACACAGGCAGCUCAAACUGAAAAAUUCAUACGAAUUGACACAAUGUCACAGACUAAAGAACAAGAGGGAACACAAAGCUUGCAAAAGAAAAACAAUGUUUCUCAAAAUGGACAAAAAUUAAUGGGGAGAAAUGAAAAAUCUUCCAGUGCAACAGGCAGUAGCUCAAAAACAAAUCAUCAGAUCUCAAAUUCAACAGUUCAGUACAAAACAAGAAUUACGACCCCAGGAGAGCAUUCAUUCUCAGAUGCGGAGACUGGGCCAGUACUUAGUGUUAUUGAAGAACAAAGGGAAUCAAGUGAAGAGAGAAUUUUCUCAUCAACAUGUGUAAAUACUGAACCCAUCUCCCUUCAGAUUCCUGAGUCAGGUGUCACAUCAAGUCUGAAUAUGUCCAAUGAGAAAAAGGUCCAAGUCCCAUCAGCGAGUGUAAAUACUGAAUCCAUCUCUCAGCAAGUUUCUGAGGCAGAUAUUUCAUCAAAUCUGAAUAGCAGGGUCAAUGAUAUGGGAAUACAGACAUUUGAAGCAGAUUUUGAGAGUUUUCUUCUUUCACAGUGUGAUAAUUUGGGGAGACCAGGGCAGGCAGAGACACAAGUUCAGACACAAAGCACAGCCACAGAUAUUGAUAUGUUCCCACCUGAAAUUUCCAUGGAUACUCAGACACAAACAGCAGACUUAGAUAUCAUUGAUUCCUGGAUGAACCACAUGGAAACACAGACAUCAACAGACCCAGCAUUUAACUCUUUUUCAUUUAACAAUAUUGAAACACAGACUUUGCCUGACCUGUCUUUAGAUACUUCAGAUGAUUCCAGCUUCAUGAAUGAAUUUUCUCUCACCAGUAUCCAAACCCAAACAAUGGAGGAUGACUUGUAUCAAAGUCUUUCAACUCAGACAGACAAUUUCCUGAAUAUGUUUGAUUUUCCCUUGACAAGCAUCCACACACAGACAAGUGGUCAAAGUGACCAUGCUUCGACACAGACUACUCAGUCAAACGCUCAGGUGAAUGAGAUUGGAGUAGGAAGUGACAUAGCAGACGUGAUCUACUCCUCCAAUACUGAGACACAGACGACAGAUCUUGGUCUGUCUGAUACCCACACACAGACUGCCUGGGACAGCCUAGAUAAUCUAUUGAGGGAGUUCCAAAAGUGACACUUUACAAAAUUACUAUAUUGAAAUAAUACACUGUAACUUCACAGUGAUAGUUUGUGCAUUUGUGAAAGGAAGGUUCAGAACUGCUACAUACUCUUGACCUUAUAUGCAAAGCCCUGUUUUAUGAAAAAUGCAGAACAUUAAAGUUGAAAAAAAAAUAUGUACAGUGAGAAGUUUGAAGAUCUUUUCUACAGUGCACCUUUGUGAAAAAACAUUCAUAUUGAAAUCAAAUUAUUAAAGUUAUUUAAGAAAUGAAUUUAAUUUUUGAAGAUUCAUGAGGUUAUGAACUACGACGCUUCACACCGGCAUAUUUCAUGAAGCGCGUUAGCACUUCAUGAUAAAUAUGCCGGCAUGAAGCGUUGUAGUUCAUAUACCUCAUGAAUCUUCAAAAAAUUAAAUUCAUUUCUUAUAUUUAAAUUAUUUUUCUGAUAACUUGCCAUAAAUUUACACCGUUCAACUGACAUUUUUAAAACAAAACAGUGUGCACUAUAUUUUUUGACGUCAAGAGCGGUAUUAUGACGUAACAAUGGAGAUAUUCAUGCUUAUUCGUGAUACAUACCUAAUGUAGUUCAUGAGAAAAUAUACUGCAUUUUAUUUUGUAAAGAAUCAUAGGGGAAAUUUAUUGGAAAUGUAAAUAUUAUUCAAUAUUGAAAUUACGUCAUUAA